GCCGAAAAGGCCGUACAGGGAGCUUACAUGUACCCUGUCAGCGGCGUGCUCUACUUUGCCAACCACACUGAUCUCGUCAAGCCCAUCGCCGGUGUGCUCGCCAAGAGUGCACUGACGAGCUUGGGUAUUACCGCCCUGAUGUUCUUCUUUACCUUCCUCCCACAAAUGGCCUUCCUCUCUCUCAUCGCCACCCCAUUCCUCGGCAUCCCCGCCGCCAUCGUCCUGGUCCUCGUUGAAUCAUGGCUCCUGAUCAACGUGGUCGUAAAGGCCAUCUUCAUCGGUCCUCUCCAGGACGACCUGUUCGACCGUGUCCUCGCCGCCGAAGGCCACAAAGAUCUGGUCGCCCAAGGCAAAACCCGCUUGACUCCCUCCGGCCCCCACGCCCACGUCGCCAAGGCCAUCCGCAAGCGCAUGGACCGGUUCUCACCCGCCGCAAUGCUGCAGUUCCUCAUGACCCUCCCUCUCACCUUCAUCCCCGUCAUCGGACCCGUCUCCUUCUUCGUGAUCAACGGCAAGAAGAUGGGAGCGAGCUUCCACACUCGUUACUUUGCACUCAAGGGAUGGAACGCCCAGCAGGUUGAGCAGUUCCAGAAGUCCCGUGGACCCGCAUACACCGCGUUCGGAGUCGUCGCUUUGGCGUUGCAGCUCAUUCCCGUGGUCGGUGUCUUCUUCACAGCCACGUCGACCGUCGGAGCCGCGAUCUGGGCUGCGGACUUGGAGAGG